AUCUAUAUAUCGGACCAUCGUACAGUUUAUGCUACCAUCUCAACCCGGCACCAUCUCAACCCGGCACCAUCCCAACUCAGCACCAUCCCAACUCAGCACCAUCCCUAUUUUCAUCCCAUCCUCAAGCAAACAAUCCUCAACCUCUAGGUAUUUAAGCAGCCGCCCCCCCCCCCUGACAAACCUUCUUCUGUAUUUUCCCCGACCUAUCUUGCCUCUUACCCGGCGUCAUCACACCAGUGACUUUUCGUCUUGCAGGUAUUUAACCAGCUGUCCCCCCCAGUGA